UUCCUGUUAAGGAAGCGCAGUCAGCUGUCACAAUCUGAGCCGCGAGAAGAGGGAGUGCAGGCGAGGGGAAGCACAAGCACAGCCAAAAUGUCCAGCUUUUCCACCAAGUUCAGCGGUUACACGAUGACUCAGCUUAAUGAACUGCUAGAGGACGACGAAAAGCUGUCAAAAAUGGUCCAGGAGAUGGAUGAGAUGCAGGGGGUCCAGCAGACCAAGGAGAAGACGCUGGCCAACAACCGAACCCUGGCCGAACAGAACCUCACCCUGCAGCCCCAGCUGGAGCACAAGAAGGAGCAGCUCACCAAGAGCUACGGCUGUCUCCAGGAGAGCUACGAGUCCUAUCAGCUUCGCAAGUCCAGACUGGACCACAAGUCAGGAAGCACCUCCCUAGACACUCUGCUGGCCCUGUUGCAGACAGAGGGAGCCAAAAUAGAAGAAGAGACAGAGAACAUGGCUGACUCUUUCCUGGACGGCGACAUGCCCCUGGAUGCCUUCAUCGACUCCUACCAGAACAAGAGGAAGCUGGCCCACUUAAGGCGGGUGAAGAUCGAGAAGCUGCAGGAGAUGGUGCAGAAGGGCCUGCAUCUGCCCCAGGCGACCCCCGUCCCCUCCUCCCGCCAUCAGGAUGUGCCAGCCGUGUCCUCCCUCCUCGCCGACAGCAACAGCAGCAGCCCUUCUCCAGUGGCCCCGGCCAGGAGGAAACCCCCGGCCCCUCCAUCGCAGCCCGCUCCCGUUUUUAACCCGGCUCCAACUGCGUCCCCCCAGCCCCCUUUCUACUGCCAGCCGUCACAGUACCCACCAAUCCCUCCCAGAACAGGGCAGCCCUUCCCCAACGUCUCCUCUGGAUACCCUAGCCACUACCUCUCUCAGUACCCCCCCGCCCUGCCUCAGAGGCCCUCGCCUCGCUUGGCCCCGCAACCUGGCUUCAUCAUUCAAUAAGUCCAGAGAAAAAGUUUCCUAUUAGAGCUUCUGUUUGUCAAAGACAACUGGAACUGCUCCGAGGACAAUGUUUCUAUGUCAUCUGCCUUCUUGGACUUCGCCCGAAUCGCACCACAGGAAAGCCGACCCCCACAGGUAGGCCUGCUGGCGCUCCUCUAAGGCAGAUCCUCUCUAACGUCUGUGGAUCUCCACUCAUCUCUCGCGCCAGCGUGCCCAUCAAAGUACAAAUAAAAGCAACAAAAAAAAAAAAAAAGAGCCUCUCGGGUUUCUCUCAGCCAGGCCCUUCAGAGAAAAGGGAGCGCCUGGAGGCCGCAGCGAGGGACCAGACCUCCGCCUGCCUGAGUCUCCACGCUGAGACUUAACGGUCAGCGCAUUCUGCCUCCGCCUCUCCACCCCUCCCUCCCUUCAGACACGUUCCUUGUAGGGAACACUAAACCUCUUCAGAAAAGGCUUUGAUCUCAUCAUCUGCACCACAGCAUGCCAAUUUACCUGUAUAUGCAAGCCAGGAGAGACCCAGAUUACUGUGCAGUUUUCAUGAAAAUAUCCUUUUCCAGAAUAUAUUCAGGCAGAAACUGCAUCUAUGCUGUGAUUCAUUUUCUUUUUUCUUCUACAAAAUAAAGGAAAUAUUACAAGGUACAUAGGAAUAUUUGAAUUUGAGCAUCAUCUAUAGGUUUAAGACUAAUGGAGUUGUGUUAAUAAUAGCCAGGAUUUACUGAUCUAACGUGUAAGGAGGGAUUAGGCCCGGCCCCACCGGGCCCCUGGAGGCUGACUGGUUCCUUUCUGGACGUGGUUCUGAAAGGCAGCCGAGCCUUAGCUGAUGUGAAGGACUUCCAGCCAUCCAGUACACUCCAAGGUGUGUGUUGUACCUUCUGGGCUCCUGUUGUACUGCAACACUCCUCCUGGGAUGUCCGUUUCCGUUGUAACGCCCUCAGUAGGCGGUCUGUGGGGGAAACGACGCCAACAGUUCUCUGGAUGACCCGGCUCUGUUCAGCUGGAUUCAACGCGGAGCACCAAAGACAUUCCCACAUCGCUCUCUGUUUCUAAGUGAAGCAUUUAAUGCAGUCCUCUUCCAUUGUUCCCAGCAUAUCUGUCUGUCAUCCUUUUUUUGUUUUUGUUUUGUAAAGCUGUAAGAGCCAGCAGACCUUAAGAAGAGCCACCUGGCUCUGGCUCCAGGUGCGAUUUAUUCCCGUCGCUGUUGUCCACCAACCCGACUGCUGUUCGCUGUGCACUGUUGAAGAGCCACGAGUGCCUACACUUGAAAGUGACAUUGUGCUGAUUACUUUAUGUUCUGUUCUCAGCUGCAAAUGCUAGAACCAUCCGCCUUCCCCACUUUUGAGAUUGCCACCAGCCAGAUUUUUUUUAUUUUUAGUUUUUAGUUUAGCGGUUCUAAGCAGCUGAUGUCUCUCGGCACCUGGGAACCGCCAGGGAUGUCCAGGUGCGACGCAAGUGCUGAGAGCCGAACACGGAAAGCUUCUCUGGUGCUAAAAUCCAAAUGUCACAAUUUACCGUCAAGAAACGGUAAAUACGCAGAGACGCUUUCCAUGUUCCGUUCUCAGUGCGCGUUUCACACAAGAACGCUUGUGGCGCGCGACCUCCAACCCACUAGUUUCUGUGUAAAUAAUGGACUCUUGAGUAAAGAUGCAUGCCCGGUACAGAUGUGAAGACGGUCUAAGGGUUUAUAGAAUAAACCGCUACCCUGUUUCUAAGACCGGGGGAGUCCUAAGACGUCUGCUGUUUAGUUCAGACGGAAGAUGCCAAGAACCUUCCGGUAAGAUGCAGAACCUCGCUUCAGAUAUUCCACACUGUUCCUUUUAAGUAAGUCAGAAAGACGAGAGACGUCCCCACCCCCCACCCCCCAUCCCCGGGCUCUGGGCCUAGCGGUGCUAGUACCCGUCUUCCACUGACGUGAGUCCACACUCGCUUGCACGUGGUGUUUCUUUGAUUUAACUUCUAUCGAUUUAGAAUAGCAGGCCUCUAAAGUGAUUUUCGUCACGUCCGAUAAAUUGGCGCAUGGAAUCGGGUCAAAUUUUUUUCAGAAGAAAAUUUGUGAACCCAAGAUUUAAAAAUAAUAAUAAUAAUAAUAAUAAAUCCUUUUUCUGCAUGGACUUUCCUUUUUGUUUAGUUGGAAGACUUCUGUUAAAUACUCGCUGCUUUUUCCUUUGAACUGAUCCUGUGCAUCAGUGGGUUGUUUUUUAAAUGUGGUUGGUGAUAAUUUCAGUGUAUCGUUGUAGGCAUUUACUUUUAAUGAAUGUUGAAGUGGAAUUUAAUGCUAUUUUCAAUUUCAAUAAAUCCUCCAUUUUUUUUGUA